AUGGCGAUCUUCGGCCUCAAGUCACGCAAGUCGCAUUCAUCCGUCAUCUCGAGCGUCUCCAAGCACGAGCCACCGCGCACAUCCAACACCGAUAUCCUCGAGGCUGCCGACGUCGUAGGUGACAGCCCCGACUUUGGCCAGGUCGCACACAGCCGUCGUGCCACCAACAACACUGUCGACUCGUCCUCCUCCUCGCUCCGCUCCCGCAACUCGACCAGCAUGAAGAAGUUCUUUGGAAGCACGCGCAGGAAGGGCUCCCAGAGCAUCGACGCCGGUGCACCGCCCUCGCACGCCGCCAAGUCGUCCGACUACUUUGGCUCCAACAACACCAAGCGCGCCAGCCAGAUCAGCCUCGUCAACAAGCCCACAGUCGCCGCCACUUCGCCCCCCGUCAUCACGCCCGGCGCCAUCGCGCCUUCGCUCAGCUCGCCCACAGGCGACACGAGCUCCUUUGCCGAGGCGGUGGGCGCAGGCGUCUCGGGUGGUCUCGCCUCGCCCUCGUCUCCUACCGGCGCCCCGCGUCCGUCCGAACUGUUUGCCGGUAAGGGCGUACAGUGGAACCAGAUCGACCUCACCUCGCGCGACCUCACCAAACCCACCGACGCCGCCUCCACCAACAUCGACAUGCAAAAGUUCCUCAAGGAGCGUCGCCAGUGGAUCCCCACCUUCAAGGACUCGGACAACGUCGAGGAGGAUGCCGUCAACCUCCCAAAGUCGCUCGACCAGUUCUCGUUUGGCGACGCUCCCCAAGUCGCAAAGUCGUCCGCAGGCGGCCUCAAGAGCCUCAAAGACCUCGAAGACACGCACAAGCGCAAGGCCGCCCUGCUUGAAAAGACGCCACUCGCGACCACCGCAAACGGGACCAUCUUUGAGGAAGCCGCCACCACCAGCCCCUCGGCACUCGCAGGCCCUUCCACCGCUCCCACCCUGCCGCCCGCGCCUGCACCGCCGUCGCGCAACCAGUCCUUCCGCACUUCGUCCUUUGUCGACAACUCCACACGCAAGUCCAACAGCAUCUCGCGCAAGCCCGCACCCUCGCUUGGCACGAGCACUGACACCGCUGGCCCUGCUACUGCUGCUGCCGCCGCUUCGCGCGACAUUCCGCAGCGCAGAAGCUCGGUGCGCAAGGAUCUGUCUGAGCUGGGCGGAGUCACUGCUGCCAAGGAGCCAUCGGAAACGGUCGACCCUGCGGUUGCGGCAGCAGCUGCCACUGACAGCACUAGUCAAGCAGUCGAACCGCCGCAACCCGUCAAUGGCCGCGUGGAUCAGAUCAAGGAGCAGGCCGCAGCUACAGAGGCUGCACCGACCUCGAGUACAGCCAACGGCAGCGUGCGCGCCUCGAUCGACACGGCUGGCUUCGUCACGCCUGCCGAAUCGCAGACGCACGACACCCAGUCGGCGGCCGCAGAGAGGCUGCGCGCUGCGCAAGCCGGGUCCAUCCAGCCAGCUUCGGCCAUCGCCGGCGACGCCUCGCACGAUUCAGCCGCCACGGCUGGGCCCGCUUCGGCCAUGCAAACCGACACCCCGCCGCGGCCGCCCAAGAACGGUCAGCGCACACCCUCGCGCCAGAGCAGCAAAGACCCCAUCAACGCGAGCCCCACCAAGCCUCCCAGCUCCACCUUUGCCCAGGUCAAGGAGCAGAUUGCGCAGGCCGCGCCGUCGUUGCAGAACGUUGUGCCCGGUACGGGCGCUGCCACCACGCCUGCCGCGCAGCAGUGA